AUGUUGCCCCCUCCCCACCCGAGGGAAGAUGAAGAUUUGACUCGACAAAGACAUUCUCCAGCGCAUAUCAUCGUUUUUGUGGGUCCAAGUGGCUGCGGAAAGUCAACACUAGCAGAUGAGAUUAUGAAAAGGUGGCCGAACCGGUUCGCCUUUAGUGUCAGUCACACAACUCGCAAGCCGCGUAAGAACGAAGUGAAUGGGAAACACUACCACUUUGUUUCUAAGGAAAAGUUUCUUCAACUGCUUGCCGACGGUUUGUUUGCCGAGCACAGUAAAAGCUUCACAAAAGCGAAGCGAAACACAAGUGACGAUUGCGGGCCGCGGGGUUCUGGCGCUGAGGAGGACGACGAAGACACAGUCUACUACGGGACCUCAAAGAUGGCGCUCCACGAUGUUCUUUCCAACGGACGAAUUGUUCUGAUGGAUACAGACAUCAGUGGGGCUAUUAAGAUAAAGAGAUACUGCGAUGAGAUUAACACACAACUUACGGGCAAGACUGAGCAAUCCGUCGUGCAGUCGAAUGCGGGUGUUAUACGACGGUUGCAGUUGCACCUUAUCUUUGUUAAAUGCCCAAACCUGGAGGUGGGGGAGCAACGGUUGCGCAACCGGGGAACGGAGACUUUGACGUCGCUUCAACGUCGCUUCCUGUCAAAUAGGCAGUGUAUUCAGUGGUACAAUGCACACACCGGUUUCUUUAACCUCACGUUGGUUAAUGAUACACUGGAACGAUGUCUAGAAGAUCUUUUUUCCUACGUGAGUGGAAAGAUACUUUGCUCACCGAGCAGUAAGUUGUGA